AUGGCUCGGCUUGAUCGGUGUACAUGUUUGUGUGGAGUGAGGUGGAGUGGCUGUCUAUGGUUGGCAACUCCGAUUGGGCAGCUUCACCCACCAAACUCGCACUUCGCCGGGAACCACCUCAACCAACCUCGCACUAAACCCAGACACGAUGAUCUUCACGAUCGACGAUUUAGAAAUCCUUUUCCCAUACGACAAGAUCUAUCCCGGAGGCAGAUGUGCGAUCUCAAGCGAACGCUCGACCUGGGAGGCCAUUGCGUUCUGGAAAUGCCGUCCGGGACGGGCAAGACAAUCUCAUUGCUGUCGCUGAUCGUCGCCUACCAGCUGUACUACCCCGAACGCCGCAAGCUGGUCUACUGCUCCCGAACGGUGCCGGAGAUCGAAAAGGCGCUGAUCGAGCUCAAGCGACUCAUGGCCUAUCGCGCCGCCCAACACCGUCUUCGUGCUGGCCUGACCGACAGCUCUGCUCCCACUAAUGAAGAUGAUUUCCUAGGCGUUGGCCUGACGAGUCGAAAAAACCUAUGCAUUCAUCCUCAGGUCUCACGUGAAAAAAAGGGCAAAGUAGUCGAUGCGCGAUGUCGAGACUUGACUUCUGCAUGGGCAUGUGAGAAAGGUCGAGCCGAUCCAGGAAGUGUGCCCUUGUGCGAUUUUCAUGAAAAACUUGGAGAGCUAGAGCCUGGAAAUCUUAUCCCACGAGGAGUUUGGACGCUAGAGGAAAUCACAGCUUAUGGUCAUCAACACGGGAUAUGCCCUUAUUUCGCAGUCCGUCGGAUGCUUGCCCACGCAGACAUCAUUAUCUACUCCUUCCACUACCUGUUGGACCCGAAGGUGGCCACCCAAGUCUCGAAAGAGCUGCUGCCGAACUCGAUCGUCGUCUUUGAUGAGGCGCACAACAUCGACAACGUCUGCAUCGAGUCGCUUUCCAUCGAUCUCACCAGGGGCAUGCUCGAUAACGCGGGCAAAAGCAUCGGCGCGCUGGACGAGAAGAUCCGCGAGAUCAAGCGGACCGAUGCGAGCAAGUUGCAAAAUGAGUAUGAGCGUUUGGUCAGAGGGCUUGGCCAGUCUGAGGAUAGUCUGGCAUCUGAGGAAGAAGCUGCCAUUCUUGGGAAUCCAGUGCUCCCGGAGGACCUGCUCCAAGAAGCCGUGCCUGGAAAUAUCCGGCGAGCGGAACAUUUCACCGCUUUUCUUAACCGGUUUGUCGAGUAUCUCAAGACGAGGAUGCGAGUAUUGCAUGUGGUUGCCGAGACCCCGCCGUCAUUUCUCCAGCACGUCAAAGAUCUCACAUAUAUCGACCGGAAGCCGCUGCGGUUCUGCGCCGACCGACUCACUAGUCUGAUUCGAACAUUAGAAUUGACCGACUUGGAUCAGUACAAUGCGCUCCAAAAAGUCGCCAGUUUUGCCACCCUGGUGGCCACAUACGAAAAAGGAUUUCUGUUGAUCUUGGAACCCUUCGAAACUGAGAAUGCGACAGUGCCUAAUCCAGUUUUUCAUCUCACGUGUUUGGAUGCUUCCUUAGCGAUCAAGCCGAUUUUCGAGCGGUUUAGCAGCGUGAUCAUCACGUCGGGGACCAUUAGUCCGCUGGAGAUGUAUCCGAAAAUGCUGGGCUUUGAGGCUACUGUCCAGGAGUCCUACGCCAUGACUCUCACCAGGAACUGUUUCUUGCCGUUGGUGAUCACCCGGGGAAGUGAUCAGGUGGCGAUUUCUUCGAGGUUCGAAGUCCGAAACGACCCUUCGGUGGUUCGGAACUUUGGGACGAUCCUGAUCGAUUACUGCAAGAUCGUUCCUGAUGGGAUAGUCGCUUUCUUCCCCUCCUAUCUGUACAUGGAGUCGAUUGUAGCAGCAUGGCACGACAUGGGCAUCCUCAAGGAGGUGUGGAAGUACAAGCUGAUCUUUGUUGAGACGCCAGACGCGGUCGAGACGAGUAUCGCCUUGGAGAACUAUCGACGAGCAUGCGAUAACGGUAAGGGGGCCGUCCUGCUCUCGGUCGCGCGAGGUAAAGUUUCUGAAGGCAUCGAUUUUGAUCAUAACUAUGGACGAGCAGUGAUCAUGUUUGGGAUUCCCUACCAAUACACCGAAAGUCGGAUUUUAAAGGCCCGUCUGGAAUUCCUAAGGGAUAACUACCGAAUUCGCGAAAAUGACUAUUUGACAUUCGAUGCGAUGCGACAUGCGGCUCAAUGUGUCGGGAGAGUCUUGAGAGGGAAGACGGACUACGGAUUGAUGGUGUUUGCAGAUAAGCGGUUUGCUAAGGCUGAUAAGCGAGCCAAGCUGCCCAAGUGGAUCAACUCGUACAUCACAGACACGGCUUCGAAUCUAUCGACGGACAUGGCGAUGGUGAUCUCGAAGCGGUUCCUGCGCUCGAUGGCCCAGCCGUUUGAGAUCGGCCAGGACGGGAUUAGUCUCUGGGGGCUCGAGGACAUCCAGCGCCGGCAGGCCGAACAGCGCCAGGCGGAUGCCGGCGCGGUCGGCGAUACCCACAUGGCCCCCCCUCGGCCCGAGGAUGAUGAUGAUGAGGAGGACUACUUUGGCGGGCUGGAGGACCAGGCUCUGUUGGAUAUGAGACUCGGUCCUGCUAUCACCAGCGCCGGAUGA